AUCUUGCAAAAGAAAAAAUAAUAAUAAUAGAACAAAGAAGAAGAAGAAGUCGCAAUUUGAUUAAUGGACGGCUAAGGUUUGACGAUGACCUGAUUACCAUCACACUAAACUCCGAUCGUGCUCUCUAACACAAAAGCUUUGAUCUUUCUCCAAAAAUUGUUUUUAUCUCCACAGACAAGGAUCUGAUUUUGAAAGAUCGAGAUCUGUCGGCAAAAAAUGGCGAAUAACGCGGCGGCUUGUGCGGAAAGGGCAACAAAUGAUAUGCUGAUUGGUCCUGAUUGGGCUAUCAACAUCGAACUCUGUGACAUUAUCAACUUGGAUCCUAGUCAAGCAAAAGAAGCAGUGAAGGUGCUUAAGAAACGGUUAGCAAGUAAAAACUCCAAAGUGCAGAUUCUUGCUCUUUAUGCAUUGGAAACUCUCAGUAAGAACUGUGGAGAGAGCGUGUUCCAGCUUAUCGUGGACCGUGGUAUUUUGCCUGAUAUGGUCAAAAUAGUGAAGAAAAAGCCAGAUCUGAGUGUAAGGGAGAAGAUACUUAGUUUAUUAGAUACAUGGCAAGAAGCUUUUGGUGGGAGCGGUGGAAGGUUUCCUCAGUAUUACAAUGCUUAUAAUGAACUCAGGUCUGCUGGAGUUGAGUUCCCACCUCGAACGGAGAGCAGUGUACCCUUCUUUACUCCACCUCAGACUCAGCCCAUUAUUGCUCAAGCCGCUGCUGCGUCAGAUGAAGAUGCUGCUAUUCAGGCCUCUUUGCAAAGUGAUGAUGCUUCUGCACUCAGUGUGGAAGAGAUUCAAAGCGCUCAGGGAUCAGUUGAUAUUUUGACGGACAUGCUUGGUGCUCUUGAUCCAAGCCAUCCUGAGGGUUUAAAGGAAGAACUUAUAGUUGAUUUGGUAGAGCAAUGCCGCACUUAUCAAAGACGUGUGAUGACUCUGGUCAACACUACAUCAGAUGAGGAGCUUCUGUGUCAAGGAUUAGCAUUAAACGAUAACUUGCAGCGUGUUCUUCAGCAACAUGAUGAUAAGGCGAAGGGAAACUCUGUUCCUCCUGCAACAGCUCCCUCUCCAAUACCGCUUGUUAGCAUCAACCAUGACGACGAUGAUGAUGAGUCAGAUGAUGAUUUUGCUCAGCUAUCCCACAGGUCGAAAAGAGAGAGUGCACGAGUGAGUUUCAACCCUGUCCUUCCUCCUCCUCCACCUACAAUGAGGCCAGUACACGUUGAAUCUGGUGGUUCUAUGGACUUCCUCAGUGGUGAUGUCUACAAACCUCAAGCAACCUCAGAGAGUUUAAAGCCUUCCCAUUCAUCAGAUCGAGACUCUUCUGCUCCUAUCUUCGAUGAGCCAGCUCCUAGGAGCAAAUCCCCUGAGCAGUUACCUCGUGCUCCAUGGGAUCCUGAAGGAACCAGGGUUUUUUCACCACCAAUGUCUGUUAGAACCAAGCAUAAUAAUAAUGUUCCUCAACACUUGAGCAGUGGCUCUGAUUCCUCUUAUGAGGAUCUUGUGGGAAAGUCCCGGAAUCUCUCUCUGAAUCCAACCGCCUCUGCUGCUGCUGCUGCUGCUGCUACACCACCAAAGAAAGAUGAUAAGCCAGAGGAUAUCCUUUUCAAAGACUUGGUUGACUUUGCUAAAAACAGGAAAUCAUCUUCUUCUUCUUCUUCUUCCUCCAAACCCUUUUGAGGCAGAGCUCCCAGUUGUUGCUUUAGUAAUAAUAAAUACUCCUUUUUACCAUUCUUUUCUCUUCAUUUGUGUUAUUGUUUUCUUUGAUUGAUGAACAUGGAGGCGUGAACACUUUGUUUCUUUUUCUUUCAAAUAAAAAGUUAAUAUAUAGAGACC